AUGCCUCCAUCCACCAAGAAGUCUACCGGUAAAAAGGUCGCUCCUUCCCCCUACGCCGUUAAGGGUAAGCAAACCACCAAGGCUGCUGCCAAUCCUUUGAUCGAAAAGACUCCCAAGAACUUUGGUGUUGGUCAAGAUGUUCAACCCAAGCGUGAUGUCUCUCGUUUCGUCAAGUGGCCUCAAUAUGUCAAACUUCAACGUCAAAAGAAGAUCAUCUACCAACGUCUCAAGGUCCCUCCUGCUCUUAACCAAUUCACCCAUGUUUUGGAUAAGAACACUGCUACUCAAGUCUUCAAGUUGAUGCACAAGUACAGACCCGAGUCCAAGAACGAGAAGCGUGAUCGUCUUCGUGCUGCUGCUCUUGCCAAGUCUGAGAAGAAGGAGGUUGCCAAGACUGACAAGCCUGUUGUCAUCAAGUACGGCAUCAACCACAUCACCGCUUUGGUUGAGGCCAAGAAGGCUCAAUUGGUCGUCAUUGCUGAUGAUGUUGACCCCAUUGAGUUGGUUCUCUGGCUCCCUGCUCUCUGCCGUAAGAUGGGUGUCCCUUACUGUAUUGUCAAGGGUAAGGCUCGUCUCGGUACACUUGUCCACAAGAAGACUGCCACUGCUCUUGCUUUGACCGAAGUCUCUGAGGCUGAUAAGGCUGAGUUAGCUACCAUCGUCUCUGCUGUCAACACCAACUUUGCCCAGAAGUGGGAAGAUGUUCGUCGUCACUGGGGUGGCGGUAUUAUGGGUCCCAAGUCCAACGCUAAGAUGGCCAAGCGUGCUGCCAUUGCUGCUAAGGAAAUCGCUGCUCGUCAGUAA